AUGCCCCACACAGGGCGUCCCAGAAAACCCAAUCCCAAACUCCAGCAGCAGAAACGCCUGCAAGUCACCGACGCAGACGGCUGGACGCACGUCACCACCAACAAAAACGUGCGACGGGCGCUGCGCCCAAACCGCAGCGCCGACGCAGGCCACUCGUCAAACCCGUCGCUGAUCCCAGCCGAAGCCCCCUCGCGAUUAACCCUCGACGACCUCCAAACCCAAUUCAAUGGGUACCGCGAGAGAUGGGAGGGAUCGGAGACAUGGCGCGUGUUGGCGGGCACACUCCAGAGGAGAUUCGAAGGGUCGAGUUCGAUCUCCGAUCCAGAUCCCCAUGCGACUCCGCUGGAGAACAUCGUCUGCAUUGGACUGGGAAGUCCGAGCGGAUUUCUGCGAGGGGGGUGGGUAGAUCGCCGGAGUGUGGCGCUGUAUCAGCUCGCUGCGUUGGUGGGCGUAAUGGAACUGAUCAAGAAAUACUUUCCCUCGAUCACAACCUACGCCCAGGAUCCCGUCUUCAACCAGCUCGACCGGUCCCUCCUCACGUCUCUCGAUAUCACCGUUCUUGAUCACCCCGAGGGGUUUGCAAAGGUCUCCGAUCGGUCAUUUCUGUACUGUCCCGGUGCGGAACGAACGCAUCUUGAGCAAUUGCUUUCAUCGGAUCCGCCGUUGCUCUUCGGGGGUCCCCUGGAGGGGAUUGAGUCCGAGGUUGUUGGUCGGUAUCUCGGCACGAGGGGGUCAGUGCGAGUUCCGACAUUUGGAAGCAAUGAGCAUGCGUUUUGGAAUAUGCGGUUGUAUCUUUCGAAGAAUGAGAGUUGA